AGCUACUUCUCCAGGGUGCAGCUCAGUUUCCCCAUCCUUUACAUUUUUUAAUGAAGAGUUUUAUUGUGUGUGUGGGGGGGGGAUACACCUGUGGAGGUCACAGACUUUGUGGGUGUCUGCCAUGUGGAUUUUCUUUUGGCAAGCUCUCUUACUCCCUGAACUAUUUCUCUGGUCCUUUUCCAUCCUUUAGUGUGUGUCCGUCCGUCCGCGCAGGUGCGUGUCACUGUGGUCACUAUAGUAGGGAGGAUCAGGGAUCAAAUUCCAGAUUCUUCACUGCUUUCGUGUCAGUCAGUCUCACCUUUACCUCACCUGAAAGGUAGGUAAAGGGCUAUUAUUGAUCCAGACGAUACCCCAGGUGUCACUGGGUUGAGAUAAAGGUGCCUGCGGAUGGGGAUGCUCAGUACUGCCCCCACUCCUACCCGGAAGACCCAGGCGCCAAUGAGACUAGGUUCGCAAGCAAAGCCUCCUCCUCCUGAUGCUUAGGUCGCUUAGCAACGAAGGACCGGCUAGAAAGGAGCUGUGCUAACCCUCCACAGGCAGGCUCGGGUAAGAAACCCUCUCUGUCCCCCACCCCCUUCCUCUUUCCCGAUGGUUCUCCCACCGGCCUCCAGCAGGUCACUGCUAUUGCCUCGCCCUCGCAAUUCCCAACCCCUGCCCGGUGGUGGGGAAAACUUGGCAACAGUUGCUAAGGCGCCGGCCCCGCCUCCGGUCGGGAGUAUGGACGUCACUUCCGCCGGUGACCCUUUCCUGACCCUGCUCCCCUUUGCUGUCAAGGGAUUCGAGCAACCCCGUAGAGCAGGUGCACGACGCCAGCUCCCUUCUGGGGUGGGGGCGGCGGCCCGGGGGCUACCAUGGCCCCCAACCACCUGUCAGUGCGGGAGAUGAGGGAAGAUGAGAAGCCCCUGGUGCUGGAGAUACUGAAGGCUGGUGUAAAAGACACGGAAAACCGUGUGGCCCUCCACGCUCUGACACGUCCGCCAGCCCUUCUCCUCCUGGCUGCAGCCAGCAGCGGCUUGCGCUUCGUCCUGGCCUCCUUUGCCCUGGCCCUCCUGCUGCCGGUGUUUCUGGCGGUGGCUGCCCUGAAGCUGGGCCUGCGAGCCCGAUGGGGCUCUCUGCCUCCGCCAGGCGGCCUGGGGGGACCCUGGGUGGCUGUCCGCGGCUCCGGCGAUGUGUGUGGGGUCCUGGCUCUGGCCCCUGGUGCUAAUGUGAGGGACGGAGCCCGAGUCACCCGCCUCUCUGUCUCUCGGUGGCACCGUCGCAGGGGCGUAGGCAGGAGACUGCUGGCCUUUGCUGAGUCCCGAGCUCGAGCCUGGGCUGGGAGUGAUGGGGAGCCUCGGGCCCGGCUCGUGGUCCCAGUGGCUGUGGCCGCUUGGGGGGUGGCAGGGUUAUUGGAGGCCUGUGGUUACCAGGCAGAGGGAGGUUGGGGCUGCAUGGGCUAUAUGCUGGUUAGAGAAUUCAGCAAGGAUCUGUGAUUAUAGACCAUGCCCUCUGGGGAGAUGGGCGUGAAACCAGCACCAAAAGAGCACCUACUGUGUGCCAGGCACUUUCCAUCCCCUCCCUCAGUGGAGUACCGAGGUUGCUGGAUGCACAUGCCCCGCAGUGGACCUGCCAGGUGUAGUAGGGUCUCUUCUUGGUAGACCCCAGGGACUGCUAGCGGUCACCCUGUCCACUCUUUGCCCCCUAGUCUGUAUACACUGAAAAAAAAAACAAACAAACAAACAAACCUCUGGUUCUACAAAACCCCUGUUGUGUGUGUUUUAGGUCUCGAUGGGUAUUUGGGGAGAGUGAGAGGCAGAGUUAAGAGUCUGUGACAGGGAACCCCCAAAGGGGGCAGAUCUUCUGGAAUGGGUGGGGCUGGGAGCACCGAAUUUCCAAGCCCAUCUGUUUUUUUACAGUUUGUUAAUAAAGCCUGAGACUUCUGAG